AUGGCGUCGGACGCUUUCAGCGUCCCCAUCCACCUGAAAGAUCUCGAGCUCCCGACCUCGAAGCAAGACGCCGGCGCCGCCGCCGUCACCGAGCACUUCGACCAGCUCUACGUGCUGACGCGGGACGCGGCGAAGCUCGACGAGGGCGCGCGCGCGAAGCUCGCGGUGCUGCUCUGCGAGACGGCGCUCGGCGCCGCGGCGUCCGGCGAGGCGCUGCGGCCCGGCGCGAGCCUGCCGCAGGCCGAGCUCCAGGCGGGCCGCGACGCGUUCCUCAUGGCCGCCGUGCUCGCGCAGGAGGCGAUCGCGACGUGCGACGCCGCGGCCGAGGACGAGAAGAAGAAGCCCAAGGGCAAGAAGAAGCAGAAGGCCGACGACGACGAGUCCGACGACGACGGCGCGGCCGGCGGCGGCGCGGGCGCCUGGCAGCGGUCCGCGCGGCUCGCGUGCCUCGCGGGCCUCGCGGCCGCGCUCCGGGCCGUCGACGUCGCGUGGCUCUGGGGCCUGCGCGUCGUCGACGAGGCGGCGCUGCUCCUCUUCAUCCGCGCGGGCGCGCGGGCGCUCCUGCGCAAGAAGCUCUGCGCGCCGGCCCACCGCGAGGCCGCGUUCGACGUCGUCGGCGCGGCGUACUACGGCGCGCCCGCCGAGUUCGCGGCGUCCGCGGCGGCGGCCGUCGUCGAGGACCUCGUGCUCGCGAGCGAGGCCGGCGCCCAGGCGGCGGCGGAGUGCUGCGCGCACCUCUGCGGCGCCCGCGGCGACGCGCGCGUCGCGGGCGACGUGCUCCGGGAGCUGAGCCGCGUCGCCGCGGACUGCGGCGACGCGAGCCGGUCGUCCAAGCAGGUCGCGACCUUCGUCGAGCACCUCGGGGCGCGGAGCCCCGCCGCCGCGCUCGCCCACGUCGCCACGCUCAAGGCGCACCUGUCGUCCGCGAACCACUCGCUCCGGUCCGCCGUCGUCGCCGCGCUCGCGGCCGUCCUCGAGGCCGACGCGGCGAAGCGCGCGGACGCCGCCGCGAACGACGCGUCGACGGACGCGGCGCGCGAGCGCCUCGGCGACGCGACGCGCGACGCGCUCUUCGAGCUCGUCGAGGAGCGCGCGCGCGACGCGAGCCACUGGACGCGCGGUGCGACGCUGCGGGCGCUCAAGGGCCUCGUCGACGCGCGCGCCGUGCCCCUGGCCUGGUACGAGCGCGUGACGGCCGUCGGCGCGUCGCGGCUCAAGGACAAGACCGCGCAGGUCCGCAAGAACGCGCUCCAGCUGCUCGGCGGCUGCCUCGAGUUCAACCCCUACGCGCCCCACCUCGACCCGGCGCCCUUCCGCGCGCGCUACGACGCGCUGGCCAAGGUCGUGCUCGCCGCCGAGGCGGACCGCGCCGCGGAGGACCGCGCCAAGGCCGAGGCCGUGCUCGCGAAGGCGGCCGCGGCCGCCGACGCCGACGAGGAGGACGAGGACGAGGAGGAGCCCGCCGUCGACGAGGAGGCGGUGGCGCGGGAGGCGGCGGCGCGGGCCGCGCAGCUCAAGGAGCUCGAGUACUUCGGGUCCGCGGUCGCGUUCGUCGAUCGCCUCGAGCGCGCGGGCGAGAAGGCGCUCAAGCUCCUGCGGUCGGCGACGGCGACGGACGCGUCCUGCGCGGCGGCCUUCUUCGGCGUCGCGCGGGCCUUCGGCCUGCCCUGCGGCCAGGGCGGCGUCGUCGCGGUGCUCUCGCUCGCGUGCAGCGGCAGCGACGCCGCCAAGGCCGAGGCCGCGCGCGUCGUCGCGUCGAGCCUCCUCGCGGGCACGAAGGCGCCGCCGGCGGAGUGCGCCGCGCGGGCCUGCGCCCUCGUCGCCGGCUGCGGCGCCGGCGACCUCGCCUGCCUCGAGGCGCUCGUCGCGGACUCGGAGAAGGCGCGCGCGGCCGGCGGCGCCAAGGCGGACAAGGCGGAGCGCAUCGCGUCGCCCAAGCUCGUGCGCGCCCUCUGGGAGCUCGCGGCGUCCGGAUCCGCCGCGCGGGGCGCGCGGGCCCAGGCCUGCCGCUUCCUCGCGGUCGCCGCGGCCGGCGCGGGCCGCGGCGUCGUCGACGCCGCCGCGCUCCGCGACGCGACGCGCCACGUCGUCGGCGACGACGGCGCCGUCGACUGCGCCCUCGCCGCGGCCCUGGGUUUGCUCGUGCGCGACCUGAGCGCCGGCGCGGGCGGCGACGAGACCGCGCGGUCCGCGGCGCGCGCGUCGUGCGCGGCGCUCCGCGCGGCGCUCGUCGCCGACGGCAAGCGCCUCGACCGCGGCCGGUGGUACGCGGCGGCGGACGCCGUCGUCGCCGCGACCUUCGGCCUCGAGGAGGACCCGGAGCAGGAAGCUUCCGCCUUCGUCAAAGCCCUCGCGGCCAAGUGCGGCUUCGGCGACGACGACGACGCGGACCACGUCGUGAACGCGGCCGCGGGCGACCUCGCGCGGCUCCUCCACGUCGUCGGCCACGUGAGCCUCCAGCUGCUCGCCGCCGCGGAGGACCUCGGGUCCGCGCUCAAGAAGGCGCGGGUCGCGUCGGCGUCGCGCGCGGCCGCGGCCGCCGCCGCGGCCGACAAGGACGGCGCGGACCGCGACGAGGACCUCCAGGCCGCGCUCGGCGCGGGCGCGGACCGCGGCGACGCGGAGCACGAGGCGCGCAUGCAGCAUCUCGUCGAGGCCGAGCUCGUGCCCGCGGCGGCGUCGAACCUCGUGUCGUGCUUCGGCCCCGUGGCCGCGCGCGUCGCCGCGGCGGGCCUGCCGACCGCGUCGGGCGUCGGCGGGCCGACGCGGCUGCCGCCCGUGCUCCACCGCGCCGCCGUGCUCUGCCUGUCGAAGAUGGCCUGCGUGUCGCGGGCCUUCUGCGACGACCACCUGCCCCUGCUCGUGACGACGCUCGCGCGCGCGUCCGACUCGCGGGCGCGCGUCAACGUCGCCGUCGCGCUCGGCGACCUCGCGGCGCGCCAGCCCAACUCCGUCGAGCCCUGGACGGAGCACGUCUACGGCGCCUUACGGGACGGCGACGCGACCGUGCGCGCGACGACGCUCGCGACGCUCGCGCACCUCGCGCUCAACGACAUGAUCAAGGCCAAGGGCGGCGGCGUCGCCGAGGUCGCGCUCCUCGUCGUGGACGAGGACGGCGGCAUCAAGAAGCGCGCCCGGGCCUUCUUCGACGAGCUCCACCGCAAGUCCACGGCGACGUCGAGCCCCAUCUACAAUCUGGUGCCCGACGUCAUCUCGCGGCUCUCGGCCGCGCGGCGCGCGGUCGUCGACGACGACGGCGACGGCGACGACGGCGCGUCGGACGACGGCGCGGCCGCGCCGCUGUCCAACGCCGGCGGCGCCGCCGUGGCCGUCGCGGCCCUCGCCGUCGCGGGCUUCGUCGUCGCCAAGGCGCCGGGCGCGGCCGUCGCGACGCCCGAGGAGCGGCCGUCGGGCCCGCGCGCCGCGCUCAGCGCGGACGACUUCGCGACGAUCAUGGGCUUCCUGCUCAAGUUCGUCGACAAGGAGAAGCACGUCGAGACGUUGGCCGAGAAGCUCUGCCAGCGCAUCGAGUCGACCAAGGCCGACGACGACGGCGUCGUCGAGGCGGGCCGCGGCGCCGCGGGCGCCGACGACGCGCAGGCCGCCGCGCGCCGCGACUUCGCGUUCUGCCUCUCCAAGCUCCAGCUCAGCGACAAGGUCGCCCGCAAGCUCCACGAGAAGCUCGUCGACUACAAGGACGCCCUCGCCGACGCGCCGGUCUACGAGACGUUCUGCGCCAUCGCCGCGCGCGCGCGCAAGCUGCCGCUGCCGGGCGACAAGACGGCCGACUACCUCGACGACUGGGAGACGAAGCUCCUCGCCGCCCACGAGGGCCGCCUCGACCUCGACGACCUCAAGCCCGCCGCGGAGCCCGCGGCGCCGCCGACCGCCAAGAAGGCGCCCAAGAAGAAGCCCGCGCCCAAGAAGCGCGCGGCCAAGAAGAAGAAGAAGAAGGCCGACGACGACGACGACGACGACGAGUCCGACGACGACGAGGCCUUCUCCGACAAGGAGAACGCGGCGGCCGCGCCGCCGCCCGCGGAGAAGGCCCCGGCCGCCGCGCGGCCGCGCCGGUCGCGCCGCGCCGCGGCCUGA